AUGUUCGGCACACCUGUUCCUCCUGCUGAAAAUGGCAACACAUUGAUAGAAGAGAAUCCUGUGGACCCACUCAGCCUAGAUGCAGCCGAGGAGGUUGCCUCAUCUAUUAAUGACCACUCUCCGAGCCCACCUCCAGUUUUCGACCCACCUUGUGAACCAGAUACCUGUUUACCCGUCGAUGCAGUCGAAGAACUGCGAUCUCACCCUCUGCCCACUACAGAUGAUCCUCGGUCAUCAAAGCGGGCUCGUGUGGAUGACGUUGAAGAUGAGAAUGAUGCCAGAGGUUUGCCGAGAAGGCCGUGGACCGAAGACUAUCCUGGAGAUGUGGGGACGGUGAGCAGUGUUGGAGAGACCAUGUUUGAGAGCAUUCAGAGAUGCAAAGUGAGAUCUGGGGAGCAUGAUUGGGCUCCAUUUGAUUGCGAGGAGGAGUGGGAAUUGGCUCGCUGGCUGAUGACCAGCGGCUUAAGUCAGAUGGCAAUUGACGACUACCUUGAUCUGAACAUUACUCAUGCAUGCUCACGACUGUCAUUCAAAAAUAAAUACGCAUUUAUCAAAAAGAUUGAUAUGCUCCCGCAUGGGACCAAAUGGGAAUGUGAACUAUUUGAGGCUGUCGGAGAUGAGCUGGAUGAUGACAACCAACCUCGCAAAGAGGUCCUCAAGCUGUGGAAGCGGGAUCCAGUGGAGUGCAUUCGCGAACUGAUAGGGAACCCGGUGUUCAAGGAUGUUCUCCAUUAUGCACCAGAACGACUCUAUGCAGAUGAGGCAGGUCAGAACUGGCUGUAUGGGAACAUGUGGACUGGCAAUUGGUGGUGGGAUCUGCAGAAACAAUUGCCUGCAGGAGCUACAAUUGCACCUGUGAUUCUCGCAUCUGACAAGACAUCCCCAUCUCGGUUCAGUAGAGACAAGUCAGCUUGGCCCAUAUAUCUCAGCCUGGGGAACAUUGAGAAAUCUACUUGCCACAAGCCCUCUCAGCAUGCUACCGUCCUCAUAGGCUACAUCCCUGUGUCCAAACUCAAGUGUUUCUUGAAAACUCGUCAGUCCAUUGAGGGGAUCCGACUCUUCCAUGAGUGCAUGAGGUCGCUGCUCCAGCCGCUCAUUCACGCCAGCCAAGAGGGUGUCAAGAUGAUAUUGAGGGGUAUACCCUCAGGGUUUGGUACCCUUACCCAUACCCUUACCCCUGGUGAAGAGUAUGUACCCUUGGAGGGUAAGGGUAGGGGUACAGCUCAAAGUACCCAGGGGUAUACCCCUGCUCUGCACUACCUACAUCAGCUACACAAAGGUGUCUUCAAAGAUCACCUGGUUGCAUGGGCCAUGAAAAGUGCACAUGACAACGGUGAUGCCAAAGAGUUGGACUGGAGGUUUCAAGCCAUGAUGAAGCACUCGGACUUAUGCUACUUCAAAGAUGGCAUCUCGCUCAUCACACAGUGGACUGGGACGGAGUACAAAAACAUGGAGAAAGUAUUCCUUGGUGUGCUUGCAGGUGCCACAGAUCCUGAGGUCACAUGUGCAGUCCGUUCUGUCCUGGAUUUCAUCUACUAUGCACAUUUCGAGAUGCAUUCAGAAGACUCACUGGCCAAGCUUGAAGCUGCAUGGCGCAAUUUCCACUGGUACAAGUUUCACUCUGCGGAACACUAUCCUCUUUCAAUUCGCUCGCUAGGCACUGCAGAUGGAUACAGCAUGGAGGGCCCAGAGUGUCUUCAUAUUGACUUUGCGAAGGUUGCAUAUGGUGCCAGCAACCACAAGGCAAACUAUCUCACACAGAUGACUGUCUGGUUGGAGCACCAAGAAGCCAUCCACCGAUUUGAUUCAUAUCUCAGUUGGGUUGUGAAGAAGCAGAUGGUUGAGAGCCAGCAUGAGGAAACAGAGGAGGAACAGGAUGCUGAAGGUGAGAAUUCAGUGGAAUCGGAAACACGGAGUUGCCAGAACCAACCAGUCAAGGAGGAUCGCUUUGCCAAAGGGUACACCAUUGCGAAGGAACCUGCAUAUCCCAGAAUGACAGUGGCUGCAGUGGUGCAGGAUUUCCAUGCAACUGAUUUCAUCAAGUGUCUGGAAGACUUUCUGCGACGGAUUGACAUUUCUGAGAGCAGAGGAUUCAACCAGAGCCACAUUGGUCGAAGGGCUGAUGUACUUACAAUCCACGACAAGACACGGGUUCCUGUGUACACUCAGAUGAAGGUGCGGCUUCCUGCAGUGCAACAGGUCACAGCAGACGAAGUGAUAGAUACUAUCUAUGCAUCACCGGCACGAGCAGCCAAGGGCGUGCAAUCAGAACUCCCCACACACCAGUCCACUGUACUCGUGAAGGAUCCUUCAGCACCACCUGUUGCAGAAGGUGAUCAUCUGCUGCAUGGACUUCGUGUGGGUCAAGUUUGCACUCUAUUUAAGCUUCCAGAUGUCCUGGUCUCUGAACACCCCACUCUUGCCUCAGUGCCGCUCGCGAUAUCGUCCCUCUUAACUCUCUGCGACGGUGGGACGGAGCCUGCAUCCGACCUCGCGAAAGCUCCACGAAUGUGUCCGACGUCAUGCCUACUAGGUGGCUGGCACCGGUGCACCACAACAGCAACUGAGCGCUACAUAUUGACCAGCGAACACCGCAAUGAUUACCCAGUUACACGAAUCCACCUCACAUUGCUCACAACCAUUUCCAGAAUCCUACAGCAUACAGUAUCAUCCAGGAGCCUCAAGAACGCCUCACCUCCCGCCCACCACGUCCACCGCGACUCUGAGUUCCUUCCCAGGGCCAACGGCGCGUUGCCCUCCGCCGGCUAUAGCACUGACCGCACCAACGACUCGCGGACAAGGGCGGGCAGCAACGAGCGUCGGUACGGCGUGGACACCAAUCACGGCGCCGUUGUUAGGGAUGAGCAGCAACAUGGCUCGGUUACAUCCGGUGCACUGUCGACAGAAUCGGGACACAAUGCGUACACUGAGGGGAAACCGCUUGGCAUGCAACCUACAUCGCAAGGCGGACAGGACGACUUUCUCCAAGGCAAGGCUAGCUCCACUGACAAAUUCAUUGAAAAGACGCGGAAGGUCGCUGGAAAAGCCACGCACAAUGCCGAACUGCACGAGAAGGGAGAGCUCCGCCAGUCCGGCGGGAAGGCCGCGGUAACGGGGGAGGCGAGCGCCCCACACGAAUAG